GAAGAUCUCGCAGGCUCCACAUCUCAGCCGCUUUUCGUUUUGCUGAGACACGCUGAAAUUAACGGUUUUGGUUGUGCCGGCUUAUAUAUCUUGACUUCGACGCCAUGUCCACCCGGGACAGCGUGCAGAUUCCGGACGACCGAGAUUUCGACCACUUCCGUACGGAGUGCAAUUCUGACGACGGCUGGAGCCUCACGUACAACAAGUCUGGGAUUGUCGUGUGGAUCCAGAUCCUUGAGGCAGAAAAAUCCCUGCACAAGAUCAAGUGCAGGAUAGAGUGCAAGGAUGUCGCGGCAGAAACCCUCUAUGACGUCCUGCACGACAUCGAGUACAGGAAAAAGUGGGACACAAACGUCAUUGAGACCUUCGACAUCGGCAAGCUGACGGUCAACGCCGACGUGGGAUACUACUCCUGGAAAUGCCCCAAACCCUUGAAGAACCGAGACGUUAUCACCUUGCGCUCCUGGCUCCCCAUGGGCAACGACUUCAUCAUCAUGAACUACUCCGUCAAACAUCCCAAAUACCCUCCCAGGAAAGACAUGGUGAGGGCCGUCUCCAUUAAAACUGGUUACCUGAUCCAGGGGAAAGGAGAAAAGAACUGCAGCCUCACCUACCUGGCCCAGGUAGACCCCAAAGGUUCUUUGCCAAAGUGGGUGGUGAACAAGUCCUCCCAGUUCCUCGCUCCAAAAGCGAUGAAGAAGAUGCACAAGGCUUGCUUAAAGUACCCAGACUGGAAGCAGAAACACAACCCGCACUUCAAGCCCUGGCUGUACCCGGAGCAGAACACCCUGGCCAGCCUGGCGCUCUCGGAUCUGGCCAUCCAGCAUGCCGACUCCCUCGAGAACAUCGACGAGAGCAGCCUCUCCGAGACCAAAGACGACCGGGGCGAGGCCAGCGACGAGGACAGCGUCAACUGAGCGCCGCCCAUCGGCCUCUCCUCCUCCCCAUUCGCGCACCCGGCCUUUGUUUUGUCUGUGUGACCCAGGCUUCGGCCAGCCGGGGGUCGCUGGCUCUUUUGGACUACAAUUCCCACGGCGCCGGCUGGACCUUCUGGGAGUUGUGGCUCAAAAGAGCGGCGGGGCCCCAGCUUGCCAAAGGCCGGGGUCACCAACGCAGUUUGUGUUUUCCGAAAAGAUACCUCCACGCCUGUCUGGCACACUCAGUGGUGCAGGGGGGAGGAAAGCGGGUUGGGAUGGAUGACCUUGGGGGAUGCCUUUUUAUCCCCCCACCCACAGUUCUAUGAUCUCCACUCACAGGUGUAGCAAAGCACUCACUUGUCCCCUCUCUGGGUGUUUUGGACUAUAAUUCCCAUCAGCCCCAACCAGGACAGCCUUAUGAUGCCCGGGCUUAUGACAGUGGCGGAGUUUGGGCUCUCAAAUUUCAGCGGUGCACUGAACUGCACCAAAAUCCAGUCCCCACCCACCCUGCCUCUUACCUCCCCUUGCUUGUCAUUGUAGCGGCUCCGUCUCAGCUCAGCGCCCAGUGCAGGCAAACCGGUCGCGCUCCUCUAAAUCCACAUCCGGCUGGUUGGAGUUGGAGUUCGAAGCAGCUUGGAGUGCUCCAGGGUGCCUAAGGCUGGCGGAAACAAUGCAGUCUGUGGCUUUUAAACCGGUCCCCUCUCCAGGCUCUUUAUGCCACGACUCCCACCAGCCCCACCUGAGACGGCCUUAAGACGCCGCGGCUGGUGGGAACUGUAGUUCGAAACAUCUUGAGGGUGCCCAGCUGGGGAAGGCUGGGGAAUGGGUGGUGGAAAUAAGACUUUUCCUUGACGGCGAGCUGCAGGCCAGAUGUCCUUUCCCCUUUUGGGUUCCUUGUCC